CGGGGCUCAGCCCGGCCAUGUCUCCGGGGGCGGCGGCGUCGGGCUGAGCGGCCGUGCGCGCAGCGGGGAGCGCUCUCCGCCACCAUGAGGCGGCUGCCGCUGCCCUGCCUCCUGCUGCUGCCGCUGCUGCUGCUGGCCGAGGUCAGAUGUACAAUUGCUUGCACUGAGAAUUGCAGCUCAGAAAUUGUAACUGCAGGACCAGCAACCAGUAGUGAUGAUGAUAUAUCAGUAAACUCUGCAAGUGGGAACAGAAUCUCUGCAGGUGGAAGAGUCAUCAGGGCUGCAUCACUAUUUGAUGAGACAAGAGAGCCCAGCUCGAUUUAUAAUAUCACAGCAGAAUCCACUGUGACUUCUGUCAAGUUAAAAUGGGUGCUGAAUGAAAAUGCUUCUAACUUGUACAAGAUGUAUGAGAUACAGGUUGCAAAUCGUACAGCUGAUACAUUUGUGACGAGCCUGAAAACCAAUAAAACUGAAGAAAGAAUUACUGGCUUAAUCCCUGGGACACUGUACAACUUCACAGUGUUUGCUGUAGCAGGUGAUAAUAAGACAGAAGGACUGACCACAGAGCUGUAUACAAGGCCCAAUGCAGUUGAUAAUCUCAGAGCAGAAUCUAUUAAUGUGACUUCUGUCAAGUUAAAAUGGGAUGUGAAUGACAGUGCUUCUGAGUCCUACACCUACAGGAUAGAGGUCGUAAAUGGUACAGAUGGUACACUUGUGAAGAACCUGGAAACCAAUAAAACUGAAGAAGGAAUUACUGGCUUAAUCCCUGGGACACUGUACAAGUUCACAGUAUUUGCUGUAGCAGCUGAUAAUGAGACAGAAGGAGAAAGAGUGACUAUAGAGCAGUAUACAAAGCCAAGCCCAGUUGAUAAUCUCAGAGCAGAAUCUGUUAAUGUGACUUCUGUCAAGUUAAAAUGGGAUGUGAAUGACAGUGCUUCUGAGUCCUACACCUACAGGAUAGAGGUUGUAAGUGGUACAGAUGGUACACUUGUGAAGAACCUGGAAACCAAUAAAAGUGAAGAAAGAAUUACUGGCUUAAUCCCUGGGACACUGUACAACUUCACAGUAUUUGCUGUAGCAGCUGAUAAUGAGACUGAAGGAGAAAGAGUGACUAUAGAGCAGUAUACAAGGCCCAAUGCAGUUGAUAAUCUCACAGCAGAAUCCAUUAAUGUGACUUCUGUCAAGUUAAAAUGGGAUGUGAAUGACAGUGCUUCUGAGUCCUACACCUACAGGAUAGAGGUCAUAAAUGGUACAGAUGGUACACUUGUGAAGAACCUGGAAACCAAUAAAACUGAAGAAGAAAUUACUGGCCUAAUCCCUGGGACACUGUACAAGUUCACAGUAUUUGCUGUAGCAGGUGAUGUGAAUGGGACAGAAGGAGAUGGAGUGACCAUAAAGCAGUAUACAAGGCCCAGCCAGGUUCUUGAUCUCACAGCGGAAUCCAUUAAUGUGACUUCUGUCACCUUAAAAUGGGAGGUGAAUGACAGUGCUUCUGCCACCUACAUGUACAGGAUAGAGUUUUUAAAUGGUAUAGAUGAUCCACUUGUGAAGAAUCAGACAUCCAUUGAAACCAAAGCAGAAAUUAUUGACUUAAUCCCUGGGACACCAUACAACUUCACAGUGUUUGCUGUAGCAGCUGAUAAUGAGACAGAAGGAGAAGGAGAGACCAUAGAGCUGUAUACAAGGCCCAGCCCAGUUGAUAAUCUCACAGCAGACUCCAUUGGUGUGACUUCUGUCACCUUAAAAUGGGAGAUGAAUGACAUUGCUUCUGCCACCUACACAUACAGGAUAGAGUUUUUAAAUGGUACAGAUGAUCCACUUGUGAAGAACCUGACAUUCAGUGACACCAAAGCAGAAAUUACCGAGUUAAUCCCUGGGACACUGUACAAGUUCACAGUGUUUGCUGUAGCAGCUGAUAAUGAGACAGAAGGAGAAGGCGUGUCCAUAGAGCUGUACACAAGGCCCAGCCAGGUUCUUGAUCUCACAGCAGAAUCCAUUAAUGUGACUUCUGUCACCUUAAAAUGGGAGGUGAAUGACAUUGCUUCUGCCACCUACACAUACAGGAUAGAGUUUGUUAAUGAUACAUUUGUGAAGAGCCUGACACUCAGUGACACCAAAGCAGAAAUUACCGAGUUAAUCUCUGGGACACUGUACAACUUCACAGUAUUUGCUGUAGCAGCUGAUAAUGAGACAAAAGGAGAAGGCGUGUCCACAGAGGUGUAUACAAUACCUGUCUCAGUGGAUGCAUUUCAGUGUGAACCAGUAGCCAAGGAGCCUUUCUUAAUGCUGAAGUGGAAGUGUCCUUCUGGUAACAACUCUGGCUUCAGAAUUAAAAUAUCUAAUAUUUCAGAGAGUUCAGCUCCACGUUGCACGGUAGAAGGCUCUGAGCAAACCUUCGAAACAGCACCUUUAGAUUUUUUCAGCACCUAUGAUGUUACUAUCAUAACUCUUUCAAAUGGCAAUGAAAGCUCUCCAGUGACCAAGUCAUGUCACACCAGCAUUACUGACCCACCUCCUCCAACCGAAGUUCCUUCAGUCAAGGCCAUCAGCCACAGCUCGUUGUCUGUUGAAUUCUCUGAUUUUGAUUCACUGAAUGGUCCAUUAGAAGCCUACGCAGUAAUGAUUACAACAGAAGAUCAAAGUUCUGAGUCUUUGAAGUCUAAAUUGAACAACACAUACAAAGAUUUUAAGAGGAAAAAGACAACUGCCUAUGUUACAUAUAUCAUAAAAACAGAGCCAGCAGAAUCACAUUCUUCCCGUUCUCAGAAUGGUAAAAACAUCAUUAAUGUAGGCAAAGGAAACACAAUGCAUGGCUAUGAAAAUGGACCACUGAUCCCUCUUCAUUCAUACAGGGCAUGUGUUGCAGGUUUCACUAAUAUAACCUUUGUGGCCAACAUGAUUGAGGGGCAAGAUAGUUAUGUAUCAUUUUCACCCUGUUCUGAACCAGUUCUACUACCCCAGGAUCCAGGUGUUGUUGCUGGAGUGGUUAUUGGAUGCCUCUUGGCUAUCUUUGCUGUAGUCGCUAUAGGGGGGUUCAUAUUCUGGAGAAGGAGAAGGAAAGAUAAAAGAAAUGCUGACGUGUCUUUUUCUCCAAUUAAAUCAAAAAUGAUUAAAGUGGAGAACUUUGAGUCAUACUUUAAGAAGCAGCAAGCUGACUCCAACUGUGGUUUUGCUGAAGAGUAUGAGGAACUCAAGUCUGCUGGUGUUCAGCAGCCCAAAUUUGCUGCUGAACUUCCUGAGAACAGGGGGAAAAAUAGAUACAACAAUGUCUUACCAUAUGAUAUUUCUCGUGUUAAGCUUUCAAAUCAAAGCUCUGGAACUGGUGAUUAUAUUAAUGCAAACUAUAUGCCUGGCUAUAACUCAAAGAAGGCAUUUAUUGCUGCACAAGGUCCAUUACCCAAUACUAUAGAAGACUUUUGGCGAAUGAUUUGGGAAAAGAAUAUCUACUCUAUUGUUAUGUUGACAAAAUGUGUGGAACAAGCCCGGACAAAAUGUGAGCAGUACUGGCCUGACAAACAAUCCAAGAGCUAUGGUGACAUUAUUGUGACAAUGGUUUCAGAAGUUGCCCUUCCAGAAUGGACCAUAAGGGACUUCACUGUAGAAAAGUCCAACACCCCCGAGAGCCACAUGGUGCGCCAGUUCCAUUUCACCUCCUGGCCGGAUCAUGGAGUGCCAGAGACAACAGACCUCCUCAUCAACUUCAGGCACCUUGUUCAUGAGUACAACAGCCAGAAUCCAAUAGACUCUCCUACUCUGGUGCACUGCAGCGCUGGCGUCGGGAGGACGGGGACGUUCAUCGCCAUCGACCGCCUGAUCCAGCAGAUGGAGAUGGAGAGCAGCGUGGAUGUGUACGGAGUGGUGUACGACCUCCGCAUGCACCGGCCCCUCAUGGUGCAGACCGAGGACCAGUACGUCUUCCUAAACCAGUGUGUCAUGGAUAUCAUUAAAUCCCAGAGAGAGAGACAAACUGACCUUAUCUACCAAAAUGUGACAGCAAUGGCAAUCUAUGAAAAUGUCACACCUGGGCCAGCCUUUGGGAAGGCCAAUGGCUACCAUGCAUAGAAGGAACCCAGUGCCUCCAGGAGGUGUCCAACUUGUGUUUUCUGGGAUUAUGUGCAGUGUCUCUUGUGGCUCCUCCAGUUCUGUCUGCAUUCAAAGGUGUGAUCUGCAAGAGGAAAAACACAAUGCUGGCAGGAGCUGCAGACUGAUGUUAAAAAAACCCAAACAAAACCCAAGCAAAACUUUUUAAAGUUAACAGAGGAAUCUUGUUUUUUCUUGGGAAUUUAACAGUACUGAUAGGUGAAAUAGCAUUUGCAGUUUGAACAGUGGCCUAGAGUUUAAAUAUUAAAAUAAUAACACAAGCUUUUUAUUACAAUUUUAUAUGAUUUCAUUUACAGACACCAGGCUGGUGGGUUGGUUUAAUAUAUUUAAUUAUAAGUUUCAGGAACAUAUUUUAUCUACUGUAUCUGGUUACUUAGUUAAUAGAUAUGUGCCUCUGUGAUCUAUUUUUUUUUUUCUGUUCCUUUUUAUUUAAAAAAAGGAGUACAAAUGGCUCCUUCAAAUGGACAUUUAUACUUGGAAAUUGUGCCUUUUCUAGUUGCUACUCUAGGAAAAAAAACAGCAGAGAUUCUAUUUUUGUACUGAAACUCUUAAUGAGAACACAGAUUUUUAAAUAAGGCUUAUGUCAAACUUAACUGUAGUUGCACUGUUGGCAGGACUCUCCAGAAGAUUGGAGGUGAGCUUUGUUUUUGCAUUUCACCACAGAUAUCCCCUGCCUUAAUGUUUCGGUGCCUCUGCCGGAGGAAAAGGAGUGUGGUCUGUCACUCCGAGCUUUAACUGUAGUUAAAAACAGAGCAAGUGAAUCUGUGAAUGUGUGUGGGUGGGGGGUGUGUGGGGGUGUGGAUGAAGGACAGAAUAGCUCCUCCCUGUUCCUUUUUUUAUACAAUUUAUAAUGAUUUAUUUAAAGGUGCAAUAUUGAUUUACUGAAUAAUGCUCACUCUAAUAGAGUUUUUCUCAGGUUGGUGUCUUUUUAUCAUUGUUGUUGUUUUUUCCUCAAGUAUAUAAAUCUGUGAAAAUGCUGAAACUAAGGUUCCAAAUGUUCAAGCACUCCCAAACGGAUCAACUGGCUUUACUGUUUCUACCAAAAGACAUUGCACAAAAUUCUGCUGUAAAGACAAAUUUCUUGGUUGUUUUAGCCAUUCAAAACUGAGACACAUCUUACCUGCCUGCAUCUCACUGAUCCAGUGUAAUUGUUUUGUAAUUAUUUGCAAUAUACUGCUGCUUUUGUUUUGGCUGGUCCUUUUAGAAACUGAAGGAAAUCCCCCGUUUGCUGAUUUCACAACUCAAGGAUCAGAUUGGAUUUAUUUUGCUGGUACAUAACUGUUAGACUUAGGAAGGCAUUACCAAUGAAGGACUUAGGUAGCUUGGGUGUGGGGGAGGGUGUGUUUUUGAUCUUUGGAUCGUUGCACUGGUUGCAUUGUAGAUGAAUAUGAAGUUUAUGAAUAAUGCUAUAGAAUAGCUAUAAAGCAGGGAAAAAAAUCUUAUGAAGGUUUAAUAACCAGAGUCCCUGGAAUUCUGCUGCUUUUUUGUUGUUGUUGUUUUGGGGGUUUUUCUUUGUUGUAGUAGAGUUGUCAGGAAAAGCUACAGAAGCUAGGAGUAUAUGUGGCUUUACAGUGGAACCUGGCAACCUCACAGGGUUCCAUGUCAGCUGAAGGAGAGCAUAGGAAUUCCUGGUGCACAACUGUAACUUAACAAAUAUCCUGAGGAAUUUUUUACAGCCUGGUGUGAAACUGUGGUGUGCUGUGUGAGCAAAACUGGAGGACAAACCACAGUGCACUUUUGGUUGUUAGGUUUUGGUUUUGUGUUUGUUUUUGUUGUUUUUUUUUUUUUUUUUUUUUUUUUUUGUUGUGGUUGGCUUUGUUUUGUGUUUUUUUGUUUGUUUUGUUUUGGUUUUUUGUUUUUGUUUUUUUUUUUUGUUUGUUUGUUUUUGCAAGCAGCCACUUGUGGGUUCUUGAAUAUAAUUUUAUUUCUUUUUCUCUGGAAAUACUUCAAAAAACCCUCAUCAUGAGGUUCAUGAUCCUGCCCAGCUCCAUCCAAACUGGCAGCCCACAAAGUGGAUCUCUCAUUUGCAUUCUUCCUAAGCUGCUGUCAGAUGACAAAGAUAAACCACUUGCACCAAACAGAACCAUUCCAAAAGAACUGGGAGGGAGGAAAGUCUGCCCUUUACAGUCAUGUUGUUUUCUUUAACUCUCUUACUCUUUUAAUUACUGCACAUCUGUGCAGAGCACAGAGCCAGUAUUCGUUGUUCCAGGUCUCCCAAGAAGUUGCUGCCUUAGGGUGGCAAGUGCUCUUUUGCUUCAGAAGGCCCUUGUUUUGUAUAGCAUAGAGGAGAGGGAGAUGAGUCUUCCAUGCUGGAUGAUGUUAUUUCUAUUCUGUUCCAGCAGAACAUCAGAAAAUGAGCUAGGACAGUAUGUGUUUCUGCCUAACCACUGCCCAGAUCCUCUUACAGAAAACAAAUGGAUCUGUCCCAUUAUUUUGGUGUUGGAAGCAGGCAUCAAAUUCUCUUGUGUGCCAUCAUCUAAUGAGUAUCCGUUUUUAAAGAACUGUAUGCAGGUGGGUUUCCAAAACUCAUUGUUUUGGAAGCUGUGAGAAGAGACUGAAGGUUUGCAUUAAAUGACUUCUUGAUUCUGUGUAUGGAUGGAAAAAGUUGGUAAGGCUUCAACUGUUGUAAAAAUAAAGUUGGGCGUAGUGUCAGUGUGAAUAAGUAGGACAUUCCUUAUAGGAUGUCUCUGCAGGAAAAGGACUACAGGUCAUGCUCCACUACCCUGUGGAUGUGUCUUGGUCAAGAUGACUUGAAUUCCUGCAAAAGUUUGCUCCCUGCCCUCUGAUGUUCUCUGUUAUAAUUGCUGAGAUCUGUCUCUUUGGUCAGUGUUUUCUCUCACUGUUGCUUAGUUAAAGCUGUCCACUGAAAGCUCCACUGUGUGACAAUUGCAUCUUUUGCAUUUCUGUUUUACUCUUUCUUCUCAUUUGGGGCCUGCUUAAGAAGGGAAAAGUUGAUGUGUUUCAAAUAAGUGACUGUUGAAUAUCUUGAACUGAUGUACAAAUUUUAUUGUUUUCAUAUUUGUUGUACAGGAAAUUUCAGUACAUGUCUGUAAUAUUUUUAAUGGUUUGAUUUGUUCUUAAAAAUACAAAAAUAACAAUUAAAAAGCAUCAUCCUAGA